CUAAUCUAUGACCUACAGACAACAUGUCGAACCAAAUUGGUAUUGAUCUUUCCGAAGUUCGGCCGAGCAUAGAGAAGUUGAUCUAUAAGGUGCUGGGCACUUCCAAUGGAACUGUGCUUUCUUCUAUACAAUCGAACCUACGUAAUGGAUUCGAUCGACGCAAGCUGAAUGAAGAGCUAUCGUCCACCGUUGAUGGGCAUAAGGCGAUGCGUAUUUGCGACAAAGUAGAAGAUUUGGUGGACAAUUUGAGAAUCAAGAAGCAGCACGCGAGCAAUUCCGUCUCAUAUGUUACUGCACGAUCAGCAGACGAUGGAAAAAAACGGGCUGUUCCCGACCAAGGGACGCUUGGUGCACAACAAUUGGCGCGAGCAAAAAAAGGCAAGCACGAAAAUGACGAUAAUGGUACCGCUGUCAACACUUGUUCUAAUUACGUACAGGUAACCAUUAGAAAUGAAACGGAAAGUCUAGCCGGAAAGAAUUUUUCGGCCAUACAUAUAAGACAAAUGAUGGAAAACGCACAGCGAGAAAUUGAGGAGCGUAAACGGAAGCUAGAAAACAUUAAACUGAACAAGCACCCCAACGUUCCAGAUACAGCUGUUGCCGCUGCAAUGAGUGUAAAUGCCAAAAUUUUUACAGCAGCUGCCAAUACGAUGGACGACGAUUUACAACGUACCACAAGCAUACAGUCCGAUUCCAAAAGUGCUGUUGGUCCAUCGGUUAUCUCAGACAUUGAAAGGUCUAAAAAAAUUGCUAAGCUGCAAGAGCAGAUUAGAGCCAAGCUUUCUGGGACGCUGGCCAAUGUGCUGCCCCAACAACAGCCUCCUGUUGAUAAACCAAAGCCGUUGAUUCUGGAUGCAGAAGGGCGAACUGUGGAUGGGAGUGGUCGCACCAUCGUUGUACCGCAACUGACACCAACGCUCAAAGCCAAUAUUCGAGCAAAGAAACGCGAAACGACCAGAAAUCAACAAGCAUCGGAACGUACGGUUGUAGAUGUUUCAAACGAGACACAGUUUCACGAUGAUCGCAUCAUACUUAAACCAGCGGUAAGAAUAAAGCGCUCGUUGCGCUUUCAUGAACCUGGUAAAUUUCAACAGCUCGCUGAACGGUUGCGAAUGAAGGCUCAGCUGGAAAAACUGCAGAAUGAAAUUUCACAAAUCGCACGAAAGACCGGAAUCAGCUCGGCUACGAAGCUUGCGUUGAUUGCGCCAAAAUCUGAUACUCACAUAAAUGAUGUACCUCAAAUGGAAUGGUGGGACUCCGUUAUACUGAUGGACGAUUUCAAUGCACUAGAUGCACAGGGCAAUAUUUCGAUCAGAGAAUCAUCCAUUACCAAUCUCAUCGAACAUCCUACGCAAAUGAGACCCCCAAAUGAAUCAUCACGUGGCGUUUAUCUACCAGUAUUUCUUACCAAAAAAGAAAGACGCAAGCUACGGCGUCAAAAUCGUCGCGAAGCAUGGAAAGAGGAGCAGGAAAAAAUACGCCUUGGACUGGAAGCGCCCCCAGAACCGAAGUUGCGAAUAUCCAACUUAAUGCGAGUGCUGGGAACGGAGGCGGUGCAAGAUCCGACCAAAAUUGAAGCCCAUGUGCGUGAACAGAUGGUGAAGCGACAGAAAGUACACGAGGAAGCAAACGCAGCACGCAAAUUGACAGACGAUCAACGUCGGGAGAAAAAAAUGCGUAAAAUGAAAGAAGAUACCACGUUAGGUGUCCACGUAGCUGUGUAUCGUAUACGGGAACUGCAAGAACAGCAGAGCAAAAAGUUCAAGGUGGAAACGAAUGCAAAACAAUUGUUCCUUACUGGCGCUUGUGUGCUUUUUCGGGAUUGUUGUGUGGUGGUGGUAGAAGGUGGUCCUAAACAACAGAAAAAAUACCGCAGGCUCAUGCUUCAUCGUAUAAAAUGGGAAGAAGAUUUAGUUAAAAAUGCAGAUGGCAAAGAAAUUCCUAACUCAUGUGUGCUUGUAUGGGAAGGCAUGAAUCAGCGCAGAAACUUUGGGGAGUUUAAGUAUAAAUCAUUUCCAUUGGAAAAAAGCGCGAGAGAUUUCUUUCAGAAACAUCAUGUUGAGCAUUAUUGGGAUUUGGCUUAUUCUGGUGCAGUUUUAGAAGCAUCCGAGGACGUAUGAUGAUGAGG